GUUUGCUGUCUUUGUGACCAGUUAACCUGUUACUCAGUUAGUUGGCAAGCCAGGCCGUCAGUUGGCAGUGAUGGGUGAUCCAGCGACCCUAAUCGAGUCCACCACAUCUCCUGUCGUCACGGCAAUCCCCACGUUCAUGGCUGGGGAAAUGCAAGAAGGUACGAAAACCCAAUUGACCAACAAGAAUGGGAAGAAGGCAGACUCUGGGUCCAGCAGCAGCUUCUUCACAUGGUUCAUUGUCCUGGCACUGCUGGGUGUCUGGACAUCUGUAGCUGUGGUCUACUUCGACCUUGUCGACUAUCAGGGAGUCCUUGGUAAACUGGUGGCAUACGAUACAGAUGGCGAUGGUGAUUUUGAUGUCGAGGAUGCUAAAGUUCUGCUAGGCCUGACCAGUGAGGGCGAUGGUCAGGGUGAAUCCGAGGUUCUGCAAUGGUUAGAAGAAGUGGAGGAGGGCGGCUCUGAUUGGUUAAACGGUUUCUUCACUUUCCUGUACGGUUUAAUAAACCCCAUGGAGUCCCUGGAGGAGGAAGAGCACAGUGCCUCAGGAGGACUCGUGGAGGCGCAGGAGGGGGACGAGGAGGAUGAGGAGGAUGAGGAAGGGUUUAGAAAAAGAGGAGCGAAUGAGGAUGGCAAUCGGGGGCAGAAGAUUGUCAUAGUUGGCCUCCAUAACCAAUAUCGCUUUGGAUAUGAAUAUCUCGAGUCCAACAUUGUGUUGAAGGCCCAACCCAUCCCAGGCUUCACCUACUGCAAUCUCCAAACGGGCUUCUUUCUUCCAUCAGCAGAGUCUGGAGAGGAUGAAAACCCUGGAGAUGCAGCCAGGGGUGGAGCUAAGAAAGAAACCUCUCCAACCAAGGAUGUGGGCUGGAAGCUUCGAGAGGCUCUAAAGCAGCAGCUGGCUAUCAUCCACGAACGAGUGGAGGCCAAGAAGCUGGCCAAGAUGGCUCUGGCCGAGGUCAGACUGCUCCUGGCCAAAGAGGAGAAGGAGGAUCUGGAGCUAGGGAGGAAGGAAAUGUCGGUCAGAGUGAAGGAAAGAGUGGCCACCAGGCUGCAAGGGGAAGAAGAGAAGAUGGAAAAAGAAGAGAUUAAGAAGGCUCUGGAGAAACUAAGGAAGGAAAAAGAAAAACAACUAAAUGAGAAGGGGGUGGCGAAAGAAGAGCAUUCUGAGAAAAAGCUGGAGGGGGAGGGAAAGAAGGCACAGGAGGAAGAUAAGGUGAGAGGGAAAGAGUCUGCCAAAGAAAAAAGAAAGGAGAGCAAAGCUGAGAAAUCUGUCAGGAAACAACAUGUGCAUUCAUCUCAUGUAGGACUGAAAGAGAAGGCUGUUGUCGUCACUUCCCGUAGUCCAGAAGCCGCUGCCCCAGUGAAGACUCCUGAAGCUGCACCGACCCCUGAAGCUGUUGUGGAGCCUGAACCUGAGCCUGUGGACGAUGUGAUUGAAGCUGCUGUAGCAGAGGAUGCUUUUGCACCACCACCACCAGAGCCUGAACCUGAGGAAGCAGCUGAGCCCGAGCCCGAGGAGACUCCUGAGGUGAUUGAGGAGGAUCCAGAGGUGCUGGAGGAGGAGGAGGAGGAGGAGGAGGUGGCCCCUGCAGAGGAGGCUGAUCCAGUUGAAGAGAUUAUGGCAGACCAGCCUGAGGAGGAGGCGGCAGCAGCUGAAGAGGAAACUGCAACAGAGCAAGCUGUGGAGGAGGAGGAGGAGGAGGAGGAGGCUGCUGAAGAGGCUGUGGAGGAACUUGUAGCAGAGGUGGAGGCAGCAUUCCAGGACACAGAGGAGGAGGAGGAGGAGGCUGCUGAAGAGGUGGCUUCAGAUGUUGAGAUGAUAGAGGAAGACAUUGCUCCUGCAGAAGAAGCUUUUGAGGAGCCUGCUGAUGAGGAGGCAGCAGAAGCUGAUGAGGAGGCAGCAGAAGCUGAUGAGGAGGCAGCAGAAGCUGAUGAGGAGGCAGCGCCUUCAGAAGAGGCAGCGCCUUCAGAAGAGGCAGCGCCUUCAGAAGACUCUUUUGAAGAAGAGGCUGCUCCUUCAGAAGACGCUUUUGAAGAAGAGGCUGCUCCUUCAGAAGACGCUUUUGAAGAAGAGGCAGCUCCUUCAGAAGACGCUUUUGAAGAAGAGGCAGCUCCUUCAGAAGACGCUUUUGAAGAAGAGGCAGCUCCUUCAGAAGACGCUUUUGAAGAAGAGGCAGCUCCUUCAGAAGACGCUUUUGAAGAAGAGGCAGCUCCUUCAGAAGAAGUUUUGGAAGAAGAGGCUGCUUUUGAAGAAGAGGCUGCUUUUGAAGAAGAGGCUGCUUUUGAAGAAAAGGCAGCUCCUUCAGAAGAAGCUGAGGAGAAGGCAGACGACACGGAGGAGACUCCAGAAGAAGUAGAGGAGGAACAAAGAGAACCAGUCACAGAGACGGAAGUAGCUGAUGAAGUAGAGGAGACGGCAGAAGAAGUUGCUGAGUUGGUUGAGACUGAGGAACAGAUUCAGGAUGAGCCCACAGAAACGUAGAGGCUGCCGCAGUUGUCGUGGUGACGGAGCAGGGACCCACUGACCUUGCAUUAGCACCAUCUGAGCGUGCUCAGAGCGAUGAUGCACCUCUCCACCUCCAGAGAAACAAUUGAGUCAUUGUGACAACACUCUCCCCCUCCCUCUGUUUUCACACCUUCCAUUAAAGCUUCCUUUUGUGUGUUAAUGUGAGAUAAUGGAUGGAUUGUAUACUAAUAUGAUACUCCCCUUUUUACCCUUUUUCCUUUUGAAUCACAAUUAUUUCUUUCUUUAAGUAGAACAUCCAUUCCCAUUUUUGUUCUGGGUGAUUUAGUGUGACUGUGGCCAGAAGGUCAGGCAUUGUGAACUCUGUGCUCUACCUGCAGCCAGUAUACCGGAGUCUGAUCUGCAAGAGCUGGAACAUUAAACCGGGCUGGAGCUUUGUUUUGAAGUCCUCUCAGUGAUGUAGUUUGGCUUCCUGGAGCUGAAUUAUGUUGCUAAGUAAACUGAGGUUCAUAGCUGAGCCAGUAUUUGGCAGUUCGAAGUCAGUCUCGGCGUUAGAAGAUCCAGGUUUAUACAGUGAGGUGACUUUGUAGGUUUAGAAGCUUCUCAGAUUGAAAAUGUAAACAAAACUCUUGCUCUGAACACUGCAAAAUGUUUCCCUCCUGCUGAUAAAAAAUCUCCUUGAUGGUGGUAACGAAACAUAUUUCAAAUUUAGUAAUGAAACUAAUACUGUAACGAUCUGCACCUCGAUCGCAGGGUAAGUUCAGAAUUUAAAUAACAUUCCAUUCAGCUGUGUUUAGUUCUGGUCACAGUGUUGUAGAUUCUAUGCAAAGCUGUUGUGAUGUCUGUCACCCACUCCCUCACCCCUCCUUUCCCAGCCAGUUUAUUUACCACUCGGUGUGUGUCGACUCCAGAAUGAGCCGUGUGCUAGCAUGUGAAUUCAGAGAAAUCUUGUGUGCAUUUGUGUGUGAGAGCAUGUUUGCGGAUGUAUUCCUUAUGUAUCCCAUAAUGUUCUUGUGUUGACGAGUCUCUUUUACUAAUCGGACCUUUCUGUGAGCCGUUAAUGUCAUGAAGUAGUUUUUGAGACCGUUCAACUUUUUUUUUCUUGUUUGUUCUUUGUGUCUGUGUUCUGUAGAAUCCUAGUUCUUUUAUCUUCAUAUUUUCAGAUGAGAGUAUAAAGACCAUCUAUCUAGACUAUCGAAUAAUUUCUAGUAUGAAGUUGUAACUUUAAACUUCAGCUCAUUAAGUUUAAACUGUGAUGUAAAUUAGGACAUCAUGGAUGGUGCAAAGCUGUCACACUGUGGUGUAAAGACUUUUUUUGUUUUUUAAUAAAUAAAUACACCAGCAUGAUGAACAUGGUUCUGGCCUAGCAGACUGAUAGACAGGAUAGUGACACUACAAUAUUUUAACCUUGUGUGAUCAAGAUUCCACUUUGAGUAUAAGAGAGCGCUCACAUAGGGUUAAAUGGAUCAGACGUCAUAUUUCCGUGGAAGUCGGCCAUAACUAGCUGACACCAGUUAAAUGAACCAAGAUCUUUGUUUUCAUCAUAAGUAGCGUGUGUUUUAAUUACUUAAAGGGAAACUUGAUGACGCGUUUCUUUAGUCACUGUUCCCUUUUGUGAUGUCAGAAUUUGUGUUUUUUAAACAUUGAUCCAUGGUAGCAGGGCCCCUGGCAUCUGCAGGCCCAGAAGAUCAGAGAGCAAAACAUUCUCUUAAACUUGAUUCCAUCGCAGAACUAAGUGCAAUUUGGAAAACUAAAUUGAGAGCGUUAUGCAUCUUAUUUUGAAGGCGAAGGCAUAACACUAAGAUAGUUUUUGGGACAAUGGGUGCAGCACUGUGGAACACAUUUCUGUUGUGAUAUUGACAAUAAACAAUAUGUAGAUCUGAAGUUUUAGGAUCAAUUACAACACUGUUAGUGGAAGAAGAUAUUGUAAAACAUACCUUUUUUUUUCCUCUUUAAUUUGGUGUCACUGUCCCACUUGUUUCCAGUCCUGACUUAAUGUAACCACCAGAUUGUUUCUAUGGUGUGCAGUAGUUGUUUUUGUAGGAUGUCUUGUCCACUAGCUGGUUUUUUUCUACUUCCUGACACUUUGUAAGUCGAUGUGAACUGUAAAAGCUUUUUAACAUUGAAGAUUACAAUCUUUACCAAGAGAGAGCUUCUAGAUUUUUAAAAGGAACAUUUUUAAAAAGGACAAAACAUUUUCUGAAAAUGCUUUAAAAGCUUUUUACAAAGCCAUAAGCUAUUCGUGACAGGCAGGUUUAAGGGGCCGUGCUACUUCGAUACAAUAAAACCGCAAAGCAACCACACUACAGCAACCUGCUGAAACAGAUUUCUAUCUUUUUCAUCAUUGAUCUCUGAUCAGAAGUCCUGAACAUGCUGGAAAGGGUUGUGAUGACAUGGACAGCUUAGUCCCAGACAAAGGAGGUGGCAGUUGUCUGCUGGAAUCGCUAUAAUAGCUGUGCAGUAGUACUAAGCUCCCCAGUAUUAAAACUGCCUAUGUGUUGUCUGCAGAUCUAAUACUGUCCUGUAGACGCUGACGAUGGUGAUUAAAUUAUUGUGAAGUAAUGAUGGAUUGUGGAGAUUUGAAGUGUCAGUUUUCUGUAAAUGAUCUGUUGCUGCAAUAAAAGGUUUGGGACAACAUG